ACGUCAUCUUGCAGGACGUGGACGGAAGAAAGCGGGCGAGUGCGCGGACUCCCGGAGCACCCGAACGUGCAGCGAGCGCGGCGGGCUUGAAGGCCUCGGGAGCGCCGGGGAGGCAGAUACUUUCUGACUACGGAGCAGCAUGUUGAGUCAAGUCUGCCGCUCUGGGUUCCAGCCCGUCAGCCAACACCUCCUACCUUGGAUCCAGUCUACAGCUGUCUCCAGAGCUCAUCGUGUCCAGCCGUCAGCCAUCAGACAUGCUCGUUGUUGGAGCAACAUCCCCUUUAUCACUGUGCCCCUUAGUCGUGCUCAUGGCAAGUCUUUUGCGCACCGCAGUGAGCUGAAGCAUGCCAAGAGAAUCGUCGUGAAACUUGGAAGUGCUGUGGUGACCCGAGGGGAUGAAUGUGGCCUGGCAUUGGGGCGCUUGGCAUCUAUUGUUGAGCAGGUAUCAGUGCUUCAGAAUCAAGGCCGAGAGAUGAUGCUGGUGACCAGUGGGGCUGUAGCCUUUGGCAAGCAACGCUUGCGCCAUGAGAUUCUUCUGUCCCAGAGUGUGCGGCAGGCCCUGCACUCGGGGCAGAACCAGCUAAAAGAAAUGGCAAUCCCAGUUUUGGAGGCUCGAGCCUGCGCCGCUGCUGGACAGAGUGGGCUGAUGGCCUUAUAUGAAGCCAUGUUCACACAAUAUAGCAUCUGUGCUGCCCAGAUUUUGGUAACCAAUUUGGAUUUCCACGAUGAACAGAAGCGCAGAAACCUCAAUGGAACACUUCAUGAACUCCUCCGAAUGAACAUCGUCCCCAUCGUCAAUACAAAUGAUGCUGUUGUCCCCCCAGCUGAGCCCAAUAGUGAUCUUCAGGGGGUAAAUGUUAUUAGUGUUAAAGAUAAUGAUAGCCUGGCUGCUCGUCUGGCAGUGGAAAUGAAAACUGACCUUUUGAUUGUCCUUUCAGAUGUAGAAGGCCUCUUUGACAGCCCACCAGGGUCAGAUGAUGCAAAGCUCAUUGAUAUCUUUUAUCCUGGAGAUCAACAGUCCGUCACAUUUGGAACCAAAUCAAGAGUGGGAAUGGGAGGCAUGGAAGCCAAGGUGAAAGCAGCCCUCUGGGCUCUGCAAGGUGGCACUUCUGUAGUUAUUGCAAAUGGGACUCAUCCAAAGGUAUCUGGACAUGUCAUCACAGACAUUGUAGAGGGAAAGAAAGUCGGAACUUUCUUCUCUGAAGUAAAGCCUGCAGGCCCCACUGUUGAGCAGCAGGGGGAGAUGGCUCGAUCAGGAGGAAGGACAUUGGCCACGCUGGAUCCUGAGCAGAGAGCAGAAAUCAUCCAUCAUCUAGCUGAUCUGUUGACGGACCAGCGUGAUGAGAUCCUGUUAGCCAACAAAAAAGACUUGGAGGAGGCAGAGGGGAGACUGGCACCACCUCUACUCAAACGCCUGAGUCUCUCUACAUCCAAACUCAAUAGUCUGGCCAUUGGCCUGAGGCAGAUUGCAGCCUCCUCACAAGACAGCGUGGGGCGUGUUUUGCGCCGAACCCGAAUUGCCAAGGACUUGGAACUAGAACAAGUGACUGUCCCAAUUGGAGUCCUGCUGGUGAUCUUUGAAUCUCGCCCUGACUGUCUGCCCCAGGUGGCAGCCUUGGCUAUUGCAAGUGGUAAUGGCUUGUUACUCAAAGGAGGGAAGGAAGCUGCGCACAGUAACCGGAUUCUUCACUUCCUGGUCCAGGAGGCACUCUCGAUCCAUGGAGUCAAGGAGGCUGUACAGCUGGUGAAUACCAGAGAAGAAGUGGAAGAUCUCUGCCGCCUAGACAAAAUGAUAGACCUCAUCAUCCCACGAGGUUCUUCCCAGCUAGUCAGGGACAUCCAAAAAGCUGCGAAGGGCAUUCCAGUGAUGGGACACAGUGAGGGGAUCUGCCACAUGUAUGUGGAUUCUGAGGCCAGCGUUGAUAAAGUCACCAGACUGGUCAGAGACUCUAAGUGUGAAUAUCCCGCUGCCUGUAAUGCUUUAGAGACUCUGUUGAUUCACCGAGAUCUGCUGAGAACACCAUUAUUCGAUCAGAUCAUUGAUAUGCUGAGAGUGGAACAGGUGAAAAUUCAUGCAGGCCCCAAGUUUGCCUCCUAUCUAACAUUUAGCCCCUCUGAAGUGAAGUCCCUCCGAACUGAGUACGGUGACCUGGAAAUGUGCAUUGAAGUGGUGGACAGUGUCCAGGAGGCCAUCGACCACAUCCACAAAUAUGGCAGCUCCCACACAGACGUCAUCGUUACAGAGAAUGAGAAAACAGCCGAGUUCUUCCUCCAGCAUGUGGACAGUGCCUGUGUGUUCUGGAAUGCCAGCACACGGUUUUCUGAUGGAUACCGAUUCGGACUGGGAGCCGAAGUGGGAAUCAGCACAUCUCGAAUUCAUGCCCGGGGACCAGUAGGACUGGAAGGGCUCCUCACUACCAAGUGGCUGCUGCGAGGGCAGAAUCAUGUUGUCUCAGAUUUCUCAGAGCAUGGAACUUUGAAGUAUCUUCACGAGAACCUCCCCGUUCCUCAGAGGCACUUCAACUGAGAGUGUUCAAACAAACCCAGGAAAACCCUCACAUGUUCUGAGACAGACAUUUGUCUUCAUGGGGCAACUCGAAAGUCUGGGGCCAACUGGGUCUCUUCUGCUUCUGGGAAGGGUCCACCUGUUGGAAAGUGCCCGAGAUGCUGCUUCAGGGAUCACUAGGACGGUGUCAGGCUUGACUCAUACAUACUCUAGAACUCCUUUUCUCUUUUUCUUUUUCAGUUAGGAAAUAAUUUCUAAAUGUAGGGAUUUUGUUUGACACAAUCCAGUUUCUUCUGUGGUUGAAACAGAAGUAUCCAGUUGCUCACACAGAACACAGGGGGAAAAUAGCACUUAAAAUCAAGUUUCCCUUGGCAUUUGGUUGGUACUGGAGCCACUUAUUCCUUGUGAUCAGAGUCUUUGAAAAAGAAUGAGUUGGGAUUAAGAAAAGUGUCUCUUCCUUUUGGCAUUCUCAUCAGAAACAGUCACACACAUUUCUACUAGAAAGAUUGACCUUUAGUAUAUAUUAGUGGGAUAAAUAAUCUUGUCGUUGUGUGGGGCCAGGGCCUUGGCCUUAUCUAUCACUCAGUGGAACCCAGAGUUGCAGUUGUUUGUGAGUUUCAGGAUGAAAUAGCUACUACAAUAACGCUUGAAAUUUUUAUAUGAAUUAUUUUAUCAUUUUCCUCAAAAUAAAAAUAGAAGAUUAUUUUAAUACUUUGGAUUCUUCCCCCACCCUUUUGAAAAAUAAAGUUCUUAUGAAAAGCCUGUA